UAUUUCAAGUAUCCUUAUACUGUGAUCCAUCUUCAACAUUAGGAAAAUAUCUUUAUCUUAUGAAAAUCUUUUGAAAAUCUGAAUCUAGACCAUAGUGAUUCGUAACACAGGUAGAAGCUUAUCCUGUAAGAAGUGCAGAGCGCCUUAGCGUGUCUCGCCUGAGAAAAAUGGGUGAAGAAGAGCUGAAGGGGAAGGCGCUUGCUGAUGACGAUAAUAAGGAGGAUGAGGAGAACGAGAAUGACGAGGAGGAGAUGGAGAUCCCCGCUACUGUAAGCUUUCCAAGGAGCUCUCAAAGGCAACCUCCGCUCCCACCUCUUAAAGUGGAGGUUGAAGAUAAAGGAGGGUCUGGUUCACAGCAUAUGUGGCAGGUUUAUGCCCUUGGAGGAUUUUUGAUUGUGCGAUGGUUAUGGGCCAGAUGGCAAGAAAGAAGAGCAAGGGGAAGGAAUGAGGGAGAUGACAAUAACAAUCUUGAUGGAUCAGCUAAUCAUAGGCCCGAUUUUUGAGCGGGUUACUUUUGUAGUAUGCUACAUCAGUUGUGUAUUUGCAAUAGACAAUGAAUGCUGUGUUCAUGGAUUACUGAGUACACAAUUUUUUCUCGAUGGACUACAUAUGCUGGUUCCACAUUUUAAUGCUUGAGAAAUGACUGAAGGUGUUCUGAUGCUGUAAAUGCUGGCGCAUGGCCUGCCAAUAUUUUGUAGGAAUGGAUAAAUGAUAGAUAAUAAGUUAUAAUUGAUCAA